UUCCACUUGUCAAAUCGACAUAACGAUAUAAACCAGUUUGAAAACUUUGCUCAAAACUGGCCAAUGCUUGUCCUUCUUGGAUGUUUAUUGUUGAUAAUAAUGAACUAAUGUCUAAUGAUGAUAAACACAUAAACAACUGGAUCGGGUGUUGUGAGAAGCUCGUCAAUGCUCUGUACCGACAGUUGGGGAUAAUAUUUCUCAAGAAGGAAAGUCUUCGAGCAACGAUUCGAUUCAUUUAGAGAAAGAAAGUAUAUGGUGAAACAAGAAAGGAAGAUUGGACAAAUCAAGAGGAAAUCAUGGAGCAACGAUCGACAGAAUUAGAGUAUUUAUAUAACUGUAAUCUCACAAGUAGAGGGCACUUUUCACACGCCCUGUUGAAGCAAUCACGAAAGAACAGUUCAUAGUUGUGAGAUAGGGAGAAGAGAGAAGUCCGUAGCAGUUGGGGAAAUUGCUAGUAGGAUAGCUGGUGUUCUUGAUAGGGUUGCAGGGAGUAAACCGGUUGUCAAGUCUGAUCGGCGACGGGGAGUUGCCUGGAGAUCAUCUGUAAUUGUGAUCUGAUUACAAUCACCUAGUGGAACGUCGAAGGACUCGAUUGAGGACCUUCGACCGUGGAUUAGUCGGUACUAAAUCAAAUAGUACCGGAUACCACGUAAAAAAUCUGUGUUCUUAGUUUGUCCCUAAGUUUCUUCACCUGUUCGUUGUUGUGCUGCUGGUAGCUCUGUUUUGCAGGUUUCAUCGACGAAUAGGGAACUUAGCCGAAGGUCGAGGCAGGGCAAUACGUUCUGGAUCAGGAGAAACAAGGACUAAACACAGAUUAGUCUUGUGGGCUUGUCUAACUAACAAGGCCCAUUCCGAGUCAAUUUAACUUGGCCCAUCUAUCACGAAUAAUCUGUUCGCUUUAUGUAUUAUUGUUUUUGUUAUUGGGAUUGACCUUGUCAAUUAUUUCCCCUCCCCAAUUCGUGUUUCAGAAAAAAAAAAUUAGGGUUCGAGAUUAGAAACCAGGAGAAAGUCUCGCGCUCGAUCACCCAACAAGUGGUAUCAGAGCCCGGUCGCCGGCGAUUAAGGCUUAACAACCUCCGACGAGAAUGAGUUCGAGCGUAGGAAAUGAGAAUGGUGUCUACAUGGAGGAUGGUUUUUCGCAGACGCGUCCUCCUAGGUUCGAGGGAGUCAACUAUGGAUAUUGGCGGAACUGGAUGGAGCUGUUCAUCGGCUCAACCGACCCAGAUUGGUCGAACAUCGUACUCGACGGACCGCUCGAAGUCAAGGAGGCUAGGGGAAAGUGGUCCGAACAGGACAAGAAGAACUUCCAACUCAACUCCAAGGCAACCAAUAUGAUGUAUAGUGCCUUGGGUCCAGAAGAGUAUCAUCGAGUGACUGGGUGCAAGUCGGCCAAGGAGAUCUGGGAUAAACUCCGGAUUGCACAUGAAGGUACCUCCCACGUCAAGAUUUCCAAAAUAAAUAGUCUGAAGCAGGAGUUUGAGUCGUUUGUUAUGAAGCCGGAUGAAACUAUCAAGGAAAUGAACGAUAGGUUCAUGAACAUUGUCAACAGUCUCAGAAAUAUGGAGGUUGACUAUCCCAGUGAUGAUUUGGUGAGGAAAAUCCUUUGGGCAUUACCUAAAAGAUGGACACCGAAGGUCACUGCCAUUGAGGAAUCGAAGGAUUUGACCAAGCUGAGUCUCGAUGAGUUGAUGGAAUCGCUGGUGACUCACGAGGAGAAGCUAAGAAGAGAAGAAGGAGAAGACCCACGAAGAGAGAAGAAAGGAAUUGCCUUCAAGGCAAUUUCACACGGCGAUGAACUGGAAGACGAAGAGUUAGCACUGCUUAGAAAACAUGUGGCUAAGCUUCUCAGACUUAGAAAGGAAAGAAGAAGAGGUGCUAUGGACAAAAAAUCUAAGGAUGGAGAUGGUGAGAAGGAUCAACCCAAAUACUCCAUAAAAAAUGGAAGAAAGAACAAUGCCGACAGGACACCCACUCAGGGAGGGUGUUUCAAAUGUGGACGAGCUGGUCACAUUAAGGCGGAGUGUCCACAACUGAAAAAGGAACGAGCAUAUGCAGCUACCUGGAGCUGCAGUGAGGAAGAAGAAGAGGAAUCAUACACCAAUUAUAAGCAAGAGGCGUAUAUGGCAAUUGACAACAGUGAGGAUGAAAGUGACGCCCCUAAGGUAACAUCAUCUAACUACUAUUCUGAUUACUACAGUGAAAAUGAUCAUAUGAUAGAAACGAUCAGGGAAAUUCAGCUGGAGUUGGGGAAUGUCAAGAAUAGAUAUAGCAAGUUAAAAAGGGAUCAUCUUGAGCUACAAGAAAACUACAAAAAAACUGUUAGAUGACAAACUGAUUACAGAUUUGAGGCUAGAAGAAAGUAAGAAAUUGUGUGAGGUAUUAGAAAACAAAAUAGCUGAAACUGAAGAAAGAAUCCAGUGUCAACAUAAUACUAAAUCGUGUCAAAAUGAAAGACAGAGUAAGUCCGACUCAGUCGAGUGCUUCUACUGUCAUAAAAGGGGUCAUUAUAUAGCAAACUGUAAAAGAAGAAUUGCCAAGGAAGAAAGAGUAAAAACUCAGACGUGCUUUUUGUGUCACAAACAUGGACACAUAAAAAGAAAUUGUCCUAAACUAGAGGUGAAAUUAGGAUUAUCCAAACUUGUCUGGAUACCUAAACUAAAGUAACUACUCCUGUAACCAGGUCUGUCUCCAAGUGGGCAUGGAAGACAGUGAAUGGAUCCUGGAUAGCGGUUGUUCACACCAUAUGACUGGAAAUGAGAACCUCUUCACGAAUCUCCAUAAAUCUAAAAAGGGUAA